AUGCCAGUAUGGUCUUUGACCAUCGUUCCACCAAGGGAACUGCAAGUCAAAUUCCACACCAUCCUGAAUAUGGCAGGUGAUGAGAUUGGCUGUGACACCUCAUGGCAUAUCACUCUCAUUCUCUGGCAUUUUCGCGGCGAUGUCCCAGAAGUAAGUCACGCCAGCAAGAUGAACGGCAUUGGUGAAGACAGUGCUGGCAACCAGGAAAUAGCAAUGAAACUGGCAGCCUGUGGAUUUGCACGAAUGGCUUUUCUCAGCCUCAAUCAGGAUGUCAUCUUGAGUGAUUUUAAGGCAGUGUGGGUUGUCGAUGAUGAUGAACAUAGUUUCACAAGUUGGAGACUCCUUGCGGGCAAGGAUGGCAUCGAGGAAAGGGAGCAGAACCCAGUAGCUUGGAAUGAUGAUGUCCAAGGUCAUUUUCUGGAAGAGGAAUGGGUCCCCAUCUUGAUUAAUAAAAACAUUGAGUAUGACUUGGUUGCCAAAGGCAUUCAUAUGAGUGCGGUGGAUAACAGGGAAUGUGGGCAUUCCAGGAAAAGUCACAUCUGUGAGGGCGACACAUCCCAUACCUUGAGGGACAUGUUCGCCAUGUUGUGUAAUCAGCGUGAACUGUUCACGGAUGUCUCUCAUCCAGCCUUCAUCGAGGAGAACAACAUCAUCACCCAUUAG